AUGGAUUCGCAAACACCCAGAUCUCUAAGUCAUUCUUCUCACAAUUCAGCAUCUGAAACGGACGAUCCCUCUAAGCAGAGUCAUUCAGAAAGUAAUAAUCAAAAGGACACUGUACAUUCGCGAUCACAAUUGGAAGAUUCGAAAACAGAUAUACGAUCUGAUGGAACAACACAGCCUAUAUCUAAACUUGAAACUCAACGAAGUGACCUAUAUAAAGCUUGUAAGAAUAAUAAGAUUAACAGAGUUCGAAAAAUACUUCAAACUGCAAGUAUUUCUACUAUUAAUCGAAUAGAAGAAAAUGGUGCUACAGCUCUACAUGUAGCAACAUAUCAUGGACACAAUGAGAUUGUUAAAUUAUUACUUGACAGUGGUGCUUCAACAUCGAUAAGACAUAAAAUACGCAAGCUGACUGCUUAUGAAGAAGCAAAAACGCAGGAAACGCAAGAUCUUUUUAAACGGAGAAAUGACAGAAGUCGUUUUAUUGGAAAUUUAACUUCUGAUGUCAUUGAAUGGACACUCAUCUUCCGAGAACCGGGAAAAAGACGAGCACGUUUUUUUCAGCAGCUCAUAAAGCUGCUACUUGACAAAUCGAUCAAUAGAGGUCAUCAAACAUCUUUGAAAAUCGAUCAAAUACUGUUGAAACUAGAGAACAACUAUCUAGAUGCACUCCUGAUACCAGACCAAUUGCCAAUCACCCAUCAGAAAAUGAUUAAAUGGUUUUUUUCAAGUGCCGUCUCGGAGAAGGAUCCAACUUAUAUUUUACGAGCAUAUACGUCGGCAACAAACUUCUAUAAAACUCUCAACAAACAGCUAGCUAUUAAUGCAUUAGACUAUUUUGAGCCAACUGUUAAUUAUGCAACAGAUUAUAAACUUGUUAGAGCACUUAUUGAUAUUGUUGCUAUUGUUACACAUUGUAAACAGUUUGAAAAGUAUCGUUUUAAAGGUGAAACAUAUCGUGGAAUGUUGUUAACCGAACAAAAUCUUCUUGAAUACACAGUUGGAUCAGAAAUCAUGAACAAAUCUUUCUUAUCAACAUCGAAAACCAAAGUAGUAGCAGAAAUAUAUUCUGGAGAAGGACAACAAACCGAUAGUCAUGUUUCAACUAUUUGUACAUAUGUAAUCAAAAACGAUCAAACUGCUCUAGAUAUAGAGGACAUAUCUGAGGUACCAGAUGAACAAGAAGUACUGAUAGUACCAUUUUCAGUAUUCAAAAUCAUUAAUGUAGAAAGAUGCAAUAUUAUAGGAGCUAAAAACAAUGGAGCUUUGAUUGCAAUGAAGCUGGAAGAAUGCAAUGCACAUGUAGCAUACGAACUAUCGAAUUUCGAAAAUGAUGAUGAUUAUGCUACGCAACUAUGA